CACAGAGAGACAGAGAGUGACAUCAAUCAAAUCACAAAAAGCUUCAAAAAGAAAACUAAAAAAGAAAAAAAAAAACGGACACACUGUUUUAUUCAUCUUUUCACAGCUCUCUCUCCUCUCUGCAAACUUCUCGAACCCUUUUAACAUGAUUACCAAAAAAAACUUCUCGAACCCUCUCUCUCUGUAAUAACAACAACACACAACAAAACCAAUCAAGAAGAUUGAUCUUGUUUCAUUUUCUUUGGUUCUCUGAAACACUCGCUAGAUCGAUCACCACUGAAGGGUUAGUUUCAGAACAUGGAGGUGAAGAAACCCGAGUUCACGUUGGAAGACGAUGAAGAUUUAGAAGAUAGCAGUAAGUACGAGAACGACAGUGACACUGAUCAAAGUGAUGUGGGUGAUCUUCCUGGUGACGACGACAACAACGAUGACACUUUCAUCUCCCAAGUUCAGUGGCCUCAGAGCUUUAGGGAAACGACUGAUUCUUAUACGAUUGCUGCAUCACCAAUCUUCGGGUCUCUCAGGAGUAAUCCAAGUUUCUAUAGACAGAGCAGAAGUAAUCUUGAUGUUGAGUCAAAAGCUCCUUUGCUUCCUGAGAGAAACGAAGAAUCCGACAAAGCCUCAGUUACACAAUCAGUUUGGUCUCAUAAAGGCUCAUUUGCUGAAGAGUUGCCCAUUGGUGGCUAUGGCUGCAGCGUUACUCAAACCAUUUUCAAUGGGAUUAAUGUGAUGGCUGGAGUUGGACUUCUCUCAACACCUUACACAGUGAAAGAAGCUGGAUGGGCAAGUAUGGUGAUUCUUCUCAUGUUUGCUGUUAUAUGUUGUUACACUGCUACUUUGAUGAAAGAUUGCUUCGAGAACAAGCCUGGUAUUAUCACUUACCCUGACAUUGGAGAAGCAGCUUUUGGGAAGUACGGUCGUAUACUUAUCUGUGUGCUAUUGUACACUGAACUAUAUUCAUAUUGUGUUGAGUUCAUCAUUCUGGAAGGGGAUAACCUGACCGGCCUUUUCCCUGGUACGUCCAUAGAUUGGCUCGGGAUCAAAAUCGACUCUAUCCAUUUAUUUGGAAUCAUAACUGCUCUCAUCAUUCUCCCAACUGUUUGGUUGAAAGAUCUUAGCAUCAUUUCAUACCUAUCAGCUGGUGGAGUUAUUGCAACUGUUUUGAUAGCUGUGAGCACUUUUUUCCUCGGUACAACGGGAGGAAUCGGGUUUAAUCACACUGGUCAUGCUGUGAAAUGGAACGGGAUACCGUUUGCUAUUGGUAUCUAUGGAUUUUGCUAUUCAGGUCACUCUGUGUUCCCAAAUAUAUACCAGUCCAUGGCUGAUAAGACCAAGUUCAACAAGGCGGUAAUCACAUGUUUCAUUUUAUGUGUUUUGAUAUAUGGAGGAGUUGCAAUCAUGGGUUAUCUCAUGUUUGGUGAAGCCACAUUGUCUCAGAUUACACUGAAUAUGCCAAAGGGCUCAUUAUUUUCUAAAGUGGCUCAAUGGACAACGGUUGUGAGUCCGUUCACAAAAUACGCUCUAUUGAUGAAUCCACUAGCAAGGGGUAUAGAAGAGCUCUUACCUGAAAGAAUCUCAGAGAACAUAUGGUGCUUUCUUCUUCUAAGAACAGCACUUGUUGCUUCUUCUGUUUGUUCUGCUUUCCUUAUCCCAUUUUUUGGUCUUGUGAUGGCCCUGAUUGGAUCUCUUCUCAGUAUACUUGUGGCAAUAAUAAUGCCAGCUCUAUGCUUCAUGAGAAUAAUGGGUAACAAAGCUACAAGAACACAGAUGAUUCUGAGUUCGACAAUAGUAGCGAUUGGGUUGGUAAGUGGGAUCUUGGGGACAUACUCUUCGGUUGCAAAGAUCAUUAGGAACUAUUAAUGACUAAACCCCCUAUAGUCUUUCCUUUUCUUUGAGUUUAAUGUUCAUGUUGAUGCUCGAAUAAAAUCUUGAUUAGUAUUGGUUUUGACUUAAUAAAGAUAGUGAAAGGUUUGCUUUAUCAAAGUUUGUUAUGUUUUGCUUUUGUAUUUUUGUGUAUUUCCUUCAUUUUAAUAAGCAUCUUUCUCCA